CACCCUUGUUCAACUGGCCUCACCGCCAUCCGACACAACCUGCCAUGCCAUGGCUAGCAGCGAGGCAGCGCGGGAUGCGGCGAGGCGCGGAGGCGGUGGGGUAGGGAUGGACGGCGAGGUGGCUGCGGGUCUCGUGAUCGCGCACCCCGACGACGAGUCCAUGUUCUUCGUACCCACGCUGCGCGCGCUCGUCGCUCGCCCCUCCGCCGUACGGCGAUUCAUCACGUCCGCGCCACAAGCUGACUCGAUGGAAGAAGGCGCAGCCUGCUCUGUGCACAUCCUCUGCCUCUCCUCAGGCAACGCGGAGGGGCUGGGCGCCACUCGGACGGACGAGCUCAGAGCGGCAGCCACAACCCUCGGGAUCGCUCAGAGCUGCGUUGACGUGGUCGACCACCCACAGCUGCAGGAUGGCAUGGAUCAAUCGUGGCCGUCGGAUGUCAUUGCUGGCUUGGUCUCUGACUUUGUGAAGAGGCAUCAAAUCAAGAUGCUGCUCACCUUUGACGACUGGGGUGUGUCGGGCCAUCCCAACCACAGAGCCAUCAGCCACGCUCUCAGAGGCAUGGUCCAGGACGGGUCUCUGACCAUUCCACUGUGGACCCUGGAAAGUGCGUUGCUGCACAUCAAGUUCCUGGGGCUCCUGGGGGUCCUCGCCAUGUGGCUGCAUGCCCUCCUCACACGUCAGCUUAGCUGGGCAGGCAACAGGAUAUGUUUCAUCUGCCCGAGCAUGCUACCAAGUGUUCGUGCGAUGUGUGCCCAUCGAUCCCAGUUCGUUUGGUUCCGGUGGCUGUUCGUGCUGUUCUCGGUCUACACAUUCAUCAACACACUCACGCGCGUUGCUCCUCACUCUGCAUCGCCAGGGAAUAAGAAAUCUCAGUAGGACCCAUAGGCUGCUCCACAUCCUGCACACGCGGGGUAGUGCAGUGCACACCAACACGAGUGGUGCUCUAGCUGCCAUUGAAUGUGACGCAUUCAUGGUUGAAUUGUUUGUAUCUCAAGCUGUAGGUAUGUGCUUUUGAAAUGGAGUACUUGGAUGUCUCCAAUCCAAUGGUGUCAGUCAGACCUGUGCAGUGCUGUGCAAGUGCAAUGCAAUUGAAUUAUCACAUGCUUCGAGGGUUUCAGAUAGCAGACGAAAUCCGUCUGAUGGUAUGAGAAUCAGACCCGUUUUUGGCUGUUCGCCUGAUUUUUGGACGGGGUAAAAUAUUUCGUCUGAAUGUCCAUACUUGUUAUAAAAUUUCGUCUGAAUU